AUGGCCAAGAUAGUAAACUCUACACAGAGUGUCUUGAAAGACACGUACGACUAUUAUUUAUGGACGCUGUCGCUUUCUGACAAAAGGACAGAAGGAUGGCCGUUAGUGGAUUCCCCCGUACCAACAGUAAUCUACACACUAAUUUACCUCUUUAUAGUUUGGAUAGGACCUAAACUCAUGAAAAACAGGCGUCCUUUUAAAUUAACAUGGCUGUUAGUUCCUUAUAACUUAGCUAUGGCAGCACUGAAUGCCUUCAUCGCUGUGAGAUUGUUGACUGCGUCCUUUAGACUACGGUAUAGUUACAUAUGCGAACCCUGUCGACAAAAGUACGAUGCUGAUGAGAUGCAAAUAGCGAAUGCUGUGUGGUGGUACUACUUUUCGAAGUUGCUCGAGUUCUGCGAUACAUUCUUCUUCAUUUUAAGGAAGAAAGAGGAACAGUUGACAUUCUUGCACGUUUACCAUCAUUCAACUAUGUUUGGUUUCUGGUGGAUAGGAAUCAAAUGGGUGCCGAGUGGAUCAACUUUUCUACCUGCGAUGGUCAAUAGCGGCAUUCAUGUACUAAUGUACACGUACUACGGACUCUCCGUAUUCGGACCAACCGUCAGUCAGUACUUGUGGUGGAAGAAAUAUUUGACCAUCUUGCAACUGAUCCAGUUCACAUGCGCUCUGAUACUUGGCAUCAAUGGUAUUAGAACUGGUUGCGAAUUUCCGCUUUGGAUGCACUAUGUACUUAUAAUAUACAUGAUCUCAUUCAUUGUGCUCUUCGGAAAUUUCUACAUGAAAGCCUACAUUGCUAAGGGAAGCAAAUGUAUGGAAAUCAGAUAUGGCGAGUGCUUAGACGACGAAGAAACAAUACGUAAAAGAAAAUUAAAAUCUAAU